AUGGAAGGAAAAAGAGAAGAAAUAAGGAAAGGGCCAUGGAAAGCAGAGGAAGAUGAAGUGUUAAUAAACCAUGUGAAAAAGUACGGACCAAGAGACUGGAGCUCCAUUCGAUCCAAAGGUCUUUUACACAGAACUGGCAAGUCUUGUCGUCUUCGUUGGGUCAACAAACUUAGACCCAACUUGAAGAAUGGGUGUAAAUUUUCACUGGAGGAAGAGAGAGUGGUGAUAGAAUUACAGGCACAGUUUGGGAACAAAUGGGCAAGAAUAGCAACGUAUUUGCCUGGGAGAACUGACAAUGAUGUCAAGAAUUUUUGGAGUAGUAGGCAAAAGAGGCUGGCCCGAAUUUUGCAGAAUUCAGCAACACCCUCCUCUUCCCACUCCAAAUCCCACAAAACUAGUAGGGAAGUUUCUACUUUUCAUGAUGUUCCCACUUUACAGGCUCCAAAAUUCACUUCCUCAAUGGAGGAAGAGUUAUCCUCAAAGGCUCCGUCAUGCUCGUCAUCCAACAUGGAGAAGGCCGGAACUAUUAAGAUGGUUCCGCUGCCAGAUUUGGUUAAUCCUAAGUUGCUUCAUUUCGACGGCCAUUUUGAGCUUGCCCCAUAUGAGAAUUAUCCUUGCACUGAUUCUCAAUUACAGAUUCCAUUUCCCAACAUUCUACAACCUCAACAAGACCUUACAUUUUCACCAGAUAGCCAAGAGCUGUUGGCUGGGCUAGAGGACCCUCACUUUUUCGAUGUGUUUGGACCAGUAGAUGCUCCUCAACUUACUAAUGGAGCACAACUUCCUGUUGAAGAAUCAUUUUUAAAGCCAGUGAGAAGUUUUAGGAAUGAUGUCAUUGUCAAGGAAGAAUAUGACAACCCAGUGAACCCAGAUGCCUUCUUUGAUGAUUUCCCAACCGACAUGUUUGAUCAUAUUGAGCCACUUCCCAGCCCAUCGGACUGGUGAUUUAUUGACUACAAGGCUGGUGUCAUGUCCGGGCUGAUGAUGAACAUUUGAUUAGUUUCUUGCGCUUCAAAAUUUGAUGCAAAUCCUUGUGAACUGGUAAUUCUUGUAACUUUUAUUCUUUGUAUUAAGACUCUGUGAUCUACAUUAA